CGCGAUGUUGUCGGCAACUUGACACAUUUACAGCAACUAGGGAGACACGGCGUUAGUGUCAGUGGUCUUUUCGUUACACAGCGAACAACGCUGCUGGGAAUACCCUCUGGUUCUCCGAGAAGAGCAGAACAAAUGGAAGUACAGGCCCACCUGGGCCAAGUCCUCUCUGGGACUGCACGUCUCUCCUCUGCCAUGGAGUAAUUAUUGGAAAGUUUCUGCCACAACACGUCAUCUACCACCCAUUUCUGCAUCUUUUGAGGCGUGUUACACCUUGCCAGAGUUGGACAGUCACGAUGUUGAGCAUUAAGGCCAGCAGCAGAGGUUUAGCUCAUGAGUGAAAACCAUGAAGCAGCCAGGGAAGUGACCUCGGGUGAUACUACAGCCUGAGGGUGCCACUCACCAGCACCAUGGCAUCCAAGGAGAGACUGUACGAGGUCUGGAUGCUCUACUGCACUAAGAGGGAUCCAGACUACUUGAAGUUAUGGCUGGAGAUUUUCAUCAGCUCCUAUGAGCAAUGUCUGGAUGUGGACUUUGAAAAGCCACCUUCAAGGCCAGAGGAGGUUCCCCCGGUGUUGACGCUCCUCCCAGACAACAUUCUGCAGGUUUUGCGCCACCAGCUGCUGCAGUGCGUCCAGAAAGCCUCUGACGGCCUGGAGCCUGAGCAGCAAAAUCUGGCUCUGCUGCUGCUCAAGUUCCUUAUCAUCAUCUGCAGGAACCUGUCCAACGUGGAGGAGAUUGGCACUUGCUCGUAUAUCAAUCACAUCAUCACUAUGACAACCGUCUAUAUUCAGCAGCUGAAGAGCAAGACCAAAGAGAAGGAGAUGGCAGACCAGAGCCAGGCGGAGGAGUUUGUCCGUCAUGCGCUGGCUUUCUGCGAGAGCCUCUAUGACCCAUACCGCAACUGGAGGCAUCGAACCUGCGGGGAGCAGCUUGGUACAGUAGAGAGGAGCAGACAGAAGUACAAGGCAGCUCCGCUCACUGUUGAGUUUGUUCCUUUCUUUUACCAGUGCUUCCAGGAGAGUGAGCACCUGAAGGAGAGUCUGAAAUGCUGCCUGCUGCACCUGUUUGGAGCCAUAGUAGCUGGUGAUCAGAGAAACGCUCUCUUUGCCAUCUCUCCAGCCACCAUGGAGGUGUUGAUGCGGGUGCUGGCUGACUGCUCCAUGGGUAGCUGCUCUUCAGAUGAGGGCGAGGACUGGGACAGUGAGGCCCCCGACCGUAAGGCUCUGCUGACUCUGGGCUGCCUGCGGGAGGUGGUGCAGCGCCUCCUGUCCUCAAGCUCUGACCAGCGGCAAGUUGAAAUCGCCUCUGUGCUAGAAAACUACUUCAAGCUGCUCAACUCGGACCCGGCAGCCGUCGUUGCCUCCCAACAGCAGCAGCAGCAGCAGCAGCAAGCCAAGGGCAGAGUGCCGACACUGGGCCGACACUGGGAGAGCCGAUUUGUGGCUCUGCAAGUAAACAUGCUAGACACUAUCAGGGACAUGUUCCUGUGUUCAGACAGGCCAGUUCUACAAGCCAUCUUCCUCAAUAGUAACUGUUUUGAGCAUCUGACACGACUGCUGCAGAACAGCAAGCUGGUUAAUGCUAGGUGCACGGCGGCAGACAAGGACCAGAAAGAUAUAACCAACAACAGGUUACUGACAGGAGAGAGGGACACUCAGGUGUUUCAAGGGCGACUAGACCUUCUCGCUGUAGCAACCAUCAAAGCCCUGACAACAGUGAUGCACAAAUCACCAGCUGCAAAGGAGGUGUUCAAGGAGAGGAUUGGUUACAAUCACCUGUAUGAAGUGCUCACCUCACUCGGCCAGCCAUCACGGCACCUUCUCAAAGAGUUGAUGAACAUGGCGGUGGAGGGUGAGCACACCUCAGUGGGGCUCCUGGGCAUCAGUAACGUGGAGCCCUUGCUGCUGCUGGUCCAGUGGCUCCCAGAGCUGGACUCUUCGGAGCAGCAGCUUUUUACGGCCGACUGGCUCCGCCGCCUCAGCUGCCUCAACCGCCAGACCCGCGCCACCUGCGUCAAUGCCGCCAUGGUCAUGCAAGCGCUGGUAGGCCUGGAGCGUCACCAACGGCUACACCGAGCUUGCGCUGAGAGCCUACUGGGGCUGGUGGGCUCACUUGGCUCCCAGUCCCUGAGCGCCAGGGAACUUCUGGGUCUCCUGCUCCUCCUUAGACCUCUAGAGUCCACACAAGCUCACCCCUAUGUAGGUCCUGCCCUGAGAGCCCUCCUGGCCAUGGUACGGAAGCAGGGCCUGGAAAGUGCCAUGCAGUACUUUGACCUCUCACCCAGCAUGGCCGGCAUUGUAGUUCCAACAGUGCAGCGCUGGCCAGGCUCGGCCUUCAGCUUUCUCGCCUGGUUGUCACUAGAUCAGGACCAGCUGGGCCCACUCAGCAAGGACAAGAGGAAGCAGCUCUACAGCUUUUUUACCCCAGGAGGGACGGGGUUUGAGGCCUUCAUCAGCUCAGCGGGUGUGCUAGUUGUGGCUGUAUGCACGAAGAAGGAGUACGUCACAGUCAUGCUGCCCGACUACUGCUUCUGUGACUCUCUCUGGCAUAGCAUCGGUGUAGUGCACGUACCAGGAAAGAGGCCUUUUGGACAGAGUCUCGUGUACAUUUAUGUGGAUGGACAGCAGAAACUGUCCGCCCCCCUCAAGUAUCCCACCAUGACAGAGCCAUUCAUCUCCUGUUGCAUCGGUUCAGCAGGCCACCGGACCACCACUCCCCCGCCCUCCCAGAUCCCAGACCCUCCCUUCUCCUCCCCGAUCACACCCAACACUCGCUCCUCGCUGGGCGCCAUCCUGUCGCCGCAGACCUGGGGGGGACUGCUGGGGGGAAAGCCUGAGUCUGUGACUAAGCUCAUCUCUGCAGGGACCCAGGACAGCGAGUGGGGAAGUCCUACCUCCUUGCAGGGACAGCUGGGAUGCGUCAUGGUCUUCCAUGAACCCCUGCAGCCCAACCACAUUAAAGCCAUCUGCAUUGCUGGUCCAAACUGCAUCUCUCCAUUCAAAGCCCAGGAAUCAGAACUUGGCGACCUUUCAACCAAAUUGCUGCUGCAUUACUCGCCCAAGGCGUGUAGGAACCCCAUCUGUCUAGAUCUGUCCCCAAACAUGCUGCAUGGACGCCUGACAGGGAAUAAAGUCGUCAACUGGGAUAUUAAGGAUAUGAUCAACUGUGUGGGCGGCCUGCCAGUGCUCUUCCCUAUACUGGAGCAGUUGGCCCUGAUUACUCCUGAUCAACAGGCCAGUGAUCAGGCAGCUGGGUCAGAUUUCAUCACUCCUGAUGUGACCACGCCAGCCGAUGGAGAUUGGGUCAUUCUCCCAUCCAACAGGGCUUCAGAGGCACGCUUGGAGAAGAAUCUGGUGGCCACCUUCCUGUUGGUGCUGAAGCAUUUUCUGCAGAGGCACCCUAUCAACCAGGAGAAUCUGUUCCACUCGCAUUGUGUCAGUACACUGGGAGCCCUGCUGCAGAAGCUGCCAGCAGGUCAUGUGGAUGUCAGCGUGCUGGUUGCUAUGCAGCUGCUGAUAGAGCAGGUGACAUAUGAGAAGAACCAGGCUCUGCUGCAGCAGCUUCACACACAUCUACUGUUCAACUUCAACAUCUGGAACAAAGGGGACUUCCCGCUACGCAUAGGUCAUAUCCAGUACAUGUCCACCGUCAUCAAAGAUAACCGGAAGCAGUUCAGAAAAAAAUAUGGAGUUCAGUUCCUUUUGGACACCAUACGCCUUUAUUACGGGAAGAACAGUAAUAAAGAGAGUGACCUGAGCGAGGAUGACAUUCGUACCAUCCGGGCGUCUCUCUGUGGCCUCAUCAAGUACUACAUCAGCAAGGGCAUGUCACAGGAGGAGAUUCACAGCAUUCUGGGAUACAUGGCUGCCAUUGGAGACGAGGAGCAGUUGUGUGGGCUGCUGGAGUUGUUACUCAGCCUUCUUCAGACCAGUCCGUCAAGGGACCAGCUCUUCCUGCUCCUCUUUGAGCCCGGGGCGGCCGACUCCUGCUACGCUCUCCUGCUCAACAACAAGCACUCAGAUCGACUCAGAGAGCUCGUGUUCAAGUUGUUUGAGCGCAUGUUGCGCUGUGACCGCGUCUAUGAGAAGAAUAAGCAGCGUUUGCGGCUGAGGGAGGCAGGUUACGCCAGCCUGUCGCUGCUCUUCUCCGAACUUCACAUCACUCCGACACUGGUCCGCUGUCUCCUCAACCAGGUCCUCCACACAGAUAAUGUGGUGAACUACAAGGACCUGAUGGCACUGGCCCAGCUCACUCACCGGGCUGGACCCAGUGUACGCCUCCUCGUCUGCAAGAGGGUUCACCAGCUGCUACUAUCCCAAACAGAUGCUGCCAUUCAGAUCUCAAGGCAGCAGUGUUGGCAGGACACUCUAAUGCGUCUCUACCUGCGGGGUGAAGGGUCCAUGCCACUUCGGGCCACUGACACCAUCAGCGCCUGCAGCCUGGACCUGAGCCGGCCCAGUGGCAGCAGCACCAACCGCCUGGAGCUGCCGCUGGAGAGGAGGGCGCGAACAGGCAGCACUGGCCGCCUGGACCGGCUGGAGGAUGACCGGCUCAGCAUAGGUGACACUCGCUCUGUGGACAGCCUGGAGAACGGCGACGUCAUCUCGCUGCUGGACACGCCAUCUUCCUCUGCCUCCACCGAGCCGCAACUACACGUCAAGCCCUGGGUGGUGGGAAAGUCAGGAGGAUUGAUGCUGGAUCUGUCCCACCUGCAGGCCUAUGAAGGUGGGGAGAGUGGCAGCCAAACACCUGGUAGCAUGCCCAGCACACCUUCUCCACUGGAGAACUCCAAGCCUUUCCCAGGGAGCACCGGGGAUCGAGAUGCAACUUCCUCCCUGACUGAAGACAGCUUUCUCUUCAGUGACAACAUCUCACUGGGGGAGUCCUUCAACAAUGCUGAGCGGGCGGAAGAGGAACUGUGCACCACGCUGCUGGAGAUUGUGCUUUGUGUGAUGUGGCGUGGGGUAGAAGGUUCAGAUGAUUCAGCGUGGCUGGAGCGCGGACAGGUCUUCUCAGCUCUCACCAAACUGGCAACCGCCAACGAGCUGCUGCUUCCUGUCGACCAGAUCAAACUCAGUCUUAUGGAACGUAUGUUGGAGUGGGCGGUGAGUGAUAACCGCCAGGCAUCAGUCGCCACGUUGCCACAGCACACGGAGAAUGCAGUGCGGUUGCUUCACAUGGUACAGGACUUCCUGCAGGCAGAGGGCCUGGUCAAUCCAGCACUGUGGACGGAGAAGGUGCUGGAGGAGACGGUGACACUGAUGGACAGCCUCAUGGUGUGGUACUCUGCUGGCACCCAGUGGUUCCAGCUCUCCCAAGUUGGACUGAGACUGCUGCUGGGCUUCAUGGCUCAGGAGGACCCUAAAGUGUGUGCCAUGGCCACUGCCAAGCUCAAUGGCAUCCUGCAGACCAAAGAGGUGUCAAGCCAGGACGAGGCCUGCUACCUGCUAGGUAAGGUGGAGGGCAUUCUGCGGCGCUCCAUCCAGGAGCAAACGGAGACAUACUCCUUCCUGGUUCCUCUGCUGCGAACGCUGCUCUCCAAAGUCCAUCGCCUCCUCUACAUGGAGCUGCACCUCCCCCAGCUCCCCGACAACAACGGCAGCCCAUCCUUCUUUGAGGACUUCCAGCUGUACUGCAACUCACCUGAGUGGCGUGUCUACCUCGACAAAUAUAUUAUUCCGUACAUGAAGCAGUAUGAAAUCGAAACAUUCAGCCAGGGCCAUGAGACCAUGGCUCUCUACUGGAAGGAGUGCUACGAGGCUUUCAUGGUCAGCCUGCAUAAGAGAGAGAGGGAAAGGGGUGAAAGCAAGAUCCGCUUCCAGGAGCAAUUUGUGGAGCCUUUCUCACGGCGAGGCCGCCAGGAGAACUUACGCUACAACAGCAUGUUGAAGCAGCAGCACAGCCAGAACAGUGCUACCCUCAGGCAGUGGAAGGCAGCACGCCGGGGUCUGGUGUGUAAGAGAGGGCCCUGGGCUGACAGGCAGCAGGAUGAGAUGCACUGGAGGGUGUCCAGUGCUGAGAACUUUUCCCGCAUGAGGCUGAAGCUGGUCCGUAAUUACAACUUUAACCCACACCGAGAGGCCAGCGCUCUGAGAGACAACCUGGGUGUCCAUAAGCAGCGUGUAAACCCAGAGUCUCUGCUGCUGGAGGCUGUGAAGCAGGUCAAAGUCAGCGACCUGGAAGACGACAUCCUGGAACUGCCAGAGGACGACCCUGCUGCUGCUAACAACCAAGUUGAAGCCGAGGAGGCAGGCCAGAAGGAGAAGCUGGUGCUGUGGGAGGACUGCGAGCUAGUGACUGUGGUGGACGAGGUGCCCGGCCGCUUGGAACUCACCACCCAACAUAUCUACUUCUACGACAGCAGCCAGGAGAAAGAGGAAGGAGAGGGCCACGACUUCAAAUGGCCCCUGUCUCAGAUCCGAGAGGUCCACCUGCGGCGUUAUAACCUACGCCGCUCAGCCCUGGAGAUCUUCCUCAUUGACCAGACCAACUACUUCCUCAAUUUCAAGAAGGAGGUGAGGAACAAGGUCUAUAGCCGCAUGCUGCUGCUGCGAUCCCUCAGCCUUUAUGGAACCCGCUCACCACAGGAGCUCCUCAAAGCCUCUGGACUCACACAGAAAUGGGUGAACCGGGAGAUUUCCAACUUUGACUACUUGAUGCAACUCAACACGAUUGCAGGAAGAACAUACAACAACCUGGCUCAGUAUCCAGUGUUCCCUUGGAUUCUAGCUGACUACACCUCAGAGGAGCUGGACCUCUGUGAUCCUCGGGUAUUCAGGGACCUGUCAAAGCCAGUGGCUGUUCUUAACGAACGCAAUGCCAAGGCCGUUAGAGAGAAGUAUGAAAGUUUUGAGGACCCAACAGGCACCAUCGACAGAUUCCAUUAUGGCACCCAUUACUCAAAUGCUGCCGGAGUGAUGCACUACUUGAUAAGAGUGGAGCCCUUCACUUCCCUGCACAUCCAACUGCAGAGUGGACGGUUUGACUGUGCCGACCGCCAGUUCCACUCCAUCCCUGCUACAUGGCAGACCCUAAUGGACAACCCCAAUGAUGUCAAGGAGCUCAUCCCAGAGUUCUUCUACUUCCCAGAAUUCCUUGAGAACCAAAAUGGUUUUGAUCUGGGUCGCCUGCAGAUCUCCAAGGAAAGGGUAAAUGACGUUGUUCUGCCCAAAUGGGCCAAGUCCCCGGAGGACUUCAUCUACAAGCACCGCAAAGCUCUGGAGUCGGAGUACGUAUCAGCCCACCUUCACGAGUGGAUCGAUCUGAUCUUUGGUUACAAGCAGAGGGGUCCUGCAGCGGUGGAGGCCCUCAACGUCUUCUACUACUGCACAUAUGAGGGGGCGGUGGACCUGGAUGCCAUCACUGAUGAAAAGGAGCGUAAGGCUCUGGAAGGCAUGAUCAGCAACUUUGGACAGACACCCUGCCAGUUACUCAAGGAGCCCCAUCCAAUGCGUCUGUCUCAGGAGGAAGUGGAAAAGAGGAAAGCUCUGCUAGACUCAUGUCCUUUCAGCAUGUUCGAACACCUCAGCGACCUCAAGUCCUUCUUUGUUGAGGGCAUCAGUGACAAUGUGCCGCUGGUUAAGGCCGUGGUCCCAAAGAAUCAGUCCCAUUCCUUCAUCACCCAGGGGAGCCCUGACACCAUGGUAACGGUUAGUCAGAACUGCCUGGUUGGGACCCAUGGGUGGCUGCCUUACAACAAGAACAUCUCCAACUACUUCACCUUUAUUAAGGACCCCACAGUGUCCAACGCCAAAACCCAGCGUUUCCUCUCCGGACCUUUCGCCCCUGGCAUGGAGGUAACAGCCGGGCUGUUUGUGGUCUCACACGAUGGCAAGUUGCUCUUCAGCGGUGGCCACUGGGACAACAGCCUCCGGGUCACCUCCCUUGUUAAGGGCAAGACUGUGGGACAGCACAUCCGACACAUGGACAUUGUGACCUGCUUGUCAACCGACCACUGUGGCAUCCACCUGAUCUCCGGCUCCAGAGACACAACCUGCAUGGUGUGGCAGGUUCUGCAGCAGGGUGGAGCUCCCGUGGGUCUUUGUCCCAAACCAGUACAGGUGUUGUAUGGCCACACGGACGAGGUGGUCAGUGUUAGUAUCAGCACAGAGCUGGACAUGGCUGUGUCUGGAUCACGUGAUGGGACAGUGAUCAUCCACACGGUGCGUCGGGGUCAGUACAUGCGUUGCUUGCGCCCGCCGUGCGACAGCUCCCUGCCGCUCUCUAUUCUCCACCUGGCCGUGUCCUGGGAGGGUCACCUUCUGGUCCACACCUGCAUCGAGGGCAAAGCAACACUAAAGGAUAAAAAUGCCCUCCACCUUUACUCUGUAAAUGGAAAGCACCUCUGCAGUGAGCCGUUGAAGGAGCAGGUGACUGAUAUGUGUGUUUCAGGGGAGUAUGUAGUCAUUGGCAGCGAGCAGGGAUACCUGUCCAUCCGUGACCUCUACAGUCUGUCUCUGUGUACAGAGCCCAUGGCCAUGAGGGUGCCUGUGCGUUGCGUCUCGGUCACUAAGGAGCAGAGCCACGUCCUGGUGGGCCUGCAGGAUGGCAAGCUGAUCAUCGUGGGCGUGGGCAAGCCGGCGGAGGUAAAGAACUCGCUGAGGAACUACAUCGCUCAGAGCCUGGAGGGAUCGCCACUCAUGGCCUCCCCCCUGCUGGCCCCACUUCGAGCUCGUUCACCAACCCGCUUGCUACACCAGCGCGACCAGCUGGUGUUCAGCCCCACUUCCAGCUCUCAUAAAGUCCAGCGGCUCUAGUCCCCCCUCCCCCCCCCACCACAUUGCUGUAGAUCUAGUGUGGCUCAACGGAUAUACAUUGCUGGGAUAAAGCUACACAUCCGCCACGUCUCUCACACGCAGAAUGUCCUCCUCCCCUGUCUCUAUCUCCACAAUCAGAGCUUAGUGUCACCCAGUCUGAUAGGUUUAAAGAAAUACAAACAAUAGAGAGUGUUAUUUCCCUAUCUUAGAAUAGAUAGGUGGUGUAGCCAGACCGUACUCCCAUCGCUGACACACCACUGUGGAGAUUGUGGAGACUACUGUAGAUCUGACACACACACACACACACACACACACACACACACACACACACAGACAGAUAAGCCUGCUGCACAUAUCACCUGUGUUGCAAUGCUUGGCCUCAGUGUCCUCAAAGACAUUUUAAUCCACAGUCACCUCUCCUUCUCAGGGAUGGUUGUCGCCCCCAGUCACCAUUUACAUCUGAGCCACACCGAUUUAACACAUUCCUUUCAGCACACAGCUGAGCAGACACAGUGGCCACUAGAAACACAACUGUGACAUGAAAACAACUUUUUGUGCUUACCUCAUUCUGUUUUUUCAGAAUAUUUGGCAUCCGUGCAAUGUUUGACUUGAUUUGGCCAUUGCCCUGGGAUCAACUCCAAACCCUGCUGUUUACCUGAAGUGUCAUUAUGUUACGUGUUUGAGUGUAGUCUACGACUAUAAUAAUUAUGCUGUGAAACAAACUUUAGACUAACGCUUCUUCAAACUCAAGCCAUAUUAAUAGUGUAGCUACAAUCUAAUAAUGCAAUCCAGUACUCUUGCGCCAAGAUAGACUCUAAUGUUCUGAUAAUGUAAAUAGUAUGAUAGUGUAGAUGUUGGAGGUUGAUACAGGUAGUCCCUCUCUCAAUCGUUUGAUUAUCACACUUUUCUGCUUUUCAUCUUUUCUCACCAAAGUGAAUCAGGCUUUGAUUUUUUUUCUUUGAUGCUUCACAAGUCAAUCAAGUUCCAAUUAACUAAUCAAUCACUCAUGAAUCAUAUCCCUCCUCCCUUUCUUCCCCGUUUCCUUUGACUUCACACUUUUCUUUCCCCACUCUCCUUCAUCCCACUUCCUCCUCCUCUUCCUCCACUCUUCUCAGAUGCGUUCGGGCCAGAUCACACGGAAGCUGUGGGGCUCCAGCAAGAGACUGACCCAGAUCUCCUCGGGGGAGACGGUGUACAACACCCAGCACGACGACAACUGAACCCAUCCCAGUCCCCCGAGCCCUGAACCCUCCCCUCCAUGCAUAUCCCACAUUCCUGUCACCCAUACCUUUUUUUCACCAACCAGUUUGCUUCAUUCUGUCUGAGGAACUCCCUUCAGUUCCUCCAGUACCUUUUCACAGUUUAAUAGGUAGUGUUCUGGGUUGCUAGAGCAUUGAGCAUUGCCACCUGUCUGUUAUGUUUCUCUGUGUGAAUAUUUCUGCUUUGGAUUGAACGUAUGGCGCUGGCGCUGUGGUUCAAAUCCAGAAGUAGUGCCAGCCUCCGCACCACCACCAAUCCAAACACCAUGGCUCUUAAUCCCUCAGCUAGUCAUCCUCAUUUUUACAUGAUACUACACGGUCAGCCUAAUGGUUUUCCAGCGGGAGCAUCUUCACAGAGGCACUUUGUUUCUCCGACCUGCUCAGCUUAAAUUUGACAGGGAUCGAUCAGUUAACCGCUCUCCUGUAUGUGUGUGUCUGUGUGUGUGUGUGUGUGUGUGUGCGCAUGUGCAGCAUAUUGCCAUGCUCUAUGUCAAAAUAUGGUUUCAAGUGUCCUUUUUGUCCUCCCUUAGUUUGCCUUUGAUGCAGACAGGCGGGCCUUUGCUCUGUAGGCUGAGACUUUUCAUGAUUGCCUCAAAGCUGCCACACAGCAGCCUUAUGCAGUAAGACGGCUCCAUCACUCACAAGACCAAAACUUCUGCCUUUCCUAUGCGUUUUAUAUUUAUAUAUGUGUGUGUGUGUGAGUGUGUGAUUUUUAUUUGUUUUUUUUAUUGUUGAUUUCUUUUUGUUUUUUUUUGUUCAGAUUUAGGCAUGUGCCCAGCAACUUGGCAUCUGUUUGUAUGCAUGGCUUUUUUGGUCCAUUUUGAGAUUAGGUAGCAGACACCAUGAUGAAGACGUCAUGAUUAUUCACGUUUGGAUAUAGCUGACUUGUUUUGUUCUAGAAACAUUUGUAGCGUUUGUCUUUAAUGUUGGCAUAUAAUUUAAGAUAUAGUUUUGUAAAAGGAAAUAUUCUCACUACAGGCAAAACACUACAUUCUCCAACAAAAGAGGCUUCCAUGUGAGGAUGUAUCACAGCAGUACAGAAAGAGACGACGAUAAAGUCACAUCACACUUCAUUGAAUGUUUUUAAGUUACUUGAAAUCAUGUUUAUAAGUAAAAGUAGCAGUUUUUAAAAUCACACUUUGUCUCUUGACUGCAGACACCUGUAUGGCAUAUUUUAAACUGUUCUUACUGUUCAGACACCUGCAAAAGAAGGAGAAAGGAGAAAUCCUCAAGGGCUUUAUGAGAUGUCAGUGUUAACAGCAAUACAGCUCUUUCGUCUGGUAGCUGUCGAAGCUUUCUUCCUGUUUUCUGUCCUCGUCUUGGUUGCUCUUCCAGUCCUCUAUCUCCAGUCUUCCUAUAGCUUAACUGGGACAGUAAAUGUACCCUAACUCCCUCCCUUUUCCUUUAGCUCUCAUCAUAUCCUCAAACUAUCAUCCUUUAUUAUUUCACAUCUCAUUUUCCUUCCUGCUCAUUGUGAAGUGACCUAUUUCAGAGGAGUUUUUAUUUUAUGGGGCAUCGAGAAGGUUUGCAUGCCUUGUUGUGGUGGCUUGGAAGACGUGUUGUUCAAUGUGUGAAUGUGAUUUCUUUACUUAAUCAGAAUCACAAACCACAGUAUGAAGCGUGUGUGUGUGUGUGUGUGUGUGUGUGUGUGUGUGUGUGUGUGUGUGUGUGUGUGUGUGUGUGUGUGUGUGUGUGUGUGUGUGUGUGUGUGUGUGUGUGUGUGUGUGUGUGUGUGUGUGUGUGUGUGUGUGUGUGUCAAUGAUACAUGUCUGUUUUUUUUAUAGCCAAAUUCUGUUGAUACGGUGUCUCUGAUUCUGUGAACCAUGGCAGCCCUUGAUUAUUUUGGCUCAUGGACAGAGGGUUGCUCUUGUGGUUCUCUUUACUUUUUUAUUGUUCAAAGUGAUUUUGUAUUUAGAUUUUAUUUAAAUGUCACAAUAAGAUGGAGUGCAAAGACCAAUCUGUGUCCUUUUGUUUUUUUGUUUUUUUUAAAAGGUGCAUAAAAUGUUUUUUCGUUUUUCGUUCAUCCACAUUUGUCAUUCAGACAAAAGACCACUGUUUGAGCUGUUCCACGACUGCAACAAACGGAGUGCCUUUAUCCCAGUGUAGUGUUGACACAGGUUUCUCUCAUUACCGAAGCUUAUCAUCCCCGAACUGAUCGUAAAUCAAAUGAAAGCAGCAUUCCAGAUGUUAAACCUCCAGUUUCAAUGGGAACCAAGAAUAUAAUAAGACAUCAAAGCAAAAUCAAAAAGUACUAUUUUGUCUUAGCAACAUUCUCUGUGACUGUCACCAAAUGGAUGUGUGUAUAUCUGUGAUUAUUUAUGAAUACAGUAUAUAAUGUACAGCAUGAUUUUUGAUUUCAGCGUAUUUGAAAUGUACUUUUGCACUUUCCAGGUACUAAAUUGUAACAAAUUGUUCUAACUUGGCUCCCGAAUCUGUAUAAACUGCUUUGUAUACACAAGUGGAAAAUGAUCAUUAAAGUCUUGUCUAAAUUUAA